GGAUGAUGAUUCAUCUCUACUCUCUCCUCUCUCCUCUCUCUUCUGCUUCUUCUUCUUCGCCCCCACCAAAAUCUCCUCUGCUUUGUUAACAAGCGAAACCAGAAAUAGAAACAACAACCAGAGAGAGAGAGAGAGAGAGAGAGAGAGAGAGAGAGAUGAGCGAGAGAAAGCGAGAGCUUGAUGAAGAAGAAGAAGCUUCAAGCACAAGCGUAUCACCUCACAAGAAAACAAAGCUCGAUGACGAUUCUGAUUCAUCAUCAGACUCUCAUGAGGUCGUCGUCGCCGUCAUCGCCGCUGAUUCGUCUUCUUCUCAUUCCGUUGCUUCUUCGGAAGCUCUAGCUUCAGAUGAAUGCUCUGCUAUAUCCACCGGAGAAGAUAAUGAUCAGAGUCAGAGCUCAUCAGCGAGUAUCAUCAUCAGCUCCGGUUGUUGUUUCAGCAAAGAAAUCUCGAAGAACGGUUCCACUUUUGGUACAGAUCUGGAGUUUCAAGCUGAUCAAAUCUCCGAAAUGGAAACCAAAAGCUCAACAUUAAUCACUACUAGUCGUAAUUUCAGAAAAGAGAAAAGUCCAGUGAGCGAGGGUUUGGGAGAAACAACAACAGAGAUGGAAUCGGAGGUGAAAGAUGAACGGAGAAAACAACCGGAGGUGAGCAAAACUCCAACGGCGGCGGAGAUUGAGGGUUUUUUCUCGGAGCUAGAGAAUGAAGCAGAGGAUAAGAAGAAGCGAUUCAUAGAAAAGUACAACUUCGAUAUUGUCAAUGAUGAACCGCUUCAAGGUCGCUACAAGUGGGAUCGGCUACGUUAACCCAUCAUCAUUAAACAUAUAUAUCCAAUCCAAAGGAAGAAGAUGAAGCUGGAAAAAGAGAAAAAAAAUUGGUUUUUUUUUUGUUUCUUCGUUCAUAUGCCACUUGUGUACAGCUCUGAUCUAUCUUUUAAAACCUAUGUUAAUUAGUCGUUCGUACAAAAAAAAACAAAAAAAAGAUACAACCUUUAUAAUGAAAUAUCGGAUCUUGAUUUGUAGUAA